CAUGACAGUGCAAAGUAUGAAAGGGUAUAUAAAGAGAGAAAGUUGAUGUCACUACAGUCAUUAGGAGAAACCAAGGCAGACAUACAGAAAGGCUGCAGUGCUGAACAGAACAAUGAAGCUGUUGGUCUUGGCUCUUUCUGUCGCCCUGUUAUUUGCAGCUGGUGAAGCCCUAAACUGCCACCACUGUGUCCCAAAAAAGGCUGGAGGAACCUGUGAGCUCACUGUAGAAACAUGUAAACCAAACAAGAAUGGCUGCGCUGCAGCCAACUUCCUUAGAGCACCACAUGGCCAUUACCAGAAAUGCAUGGAUCUGGAGAGCUGUGAAAUGCUGAAGAUGAACGCCUACAUCGAUAUCAAGUGCUGUAGUGAAGACAUGUGCAACACCUUGUAAAAUUCAACAUCAAAGAAAAUUGCGAUUCACUGCAGUCCAAUGUGAGCAAGGCACUUAACCCCCAGUGACUCCUGCAGCCUGCAGCUGCUGCAGGGAGAGCCCAGGUGUGAACACAUUAAAGCAGCUAUUAUUAGAAAAAAUAUACUCUGAAGUUCCAUGGACUGAAAAAUAAAUAAAAUAGUUAAAGGCCAUAUGCCUGUACUCA